AUGAAGGAAAAAGAAGAUUCAGAUCUAAAGAAUUUGUCUUUAAUUGACCCCAACUGCUCCUGCAACGCUGGUGGCUCCUGCGCCUGUGCUGACUCCUACAAGUGCAAAGAGUGCAGAUGCACAUCCUGCAAGAAGAGCUUCUGCUCCUGCUGCCCCAUGGGCUGUGCCAAGUGUGCCCAGGGCUGUGUCUGCAAAGAGGCAUUGGACAAGUGCAGCUGCUGUGCCUGAUG